AUGUCGACUCAAACACGCUCGGACUGGUCAGACGAGAAUGGCCACCCUUGCGUUCCUCCACCGCUCCCGGUUUCGUUGAAAGAGCCCAAGCUAUGGACCACCAAUCCAACCAAGAUACACCCCAGGGUGUUCGCCAUCCCCCUCUUGCCGACGGACAUGAUUCGAUUUGUGGAGGAGAAAAUCCCUGAGGACGACUCCGCUGCCUUCGAGAAGCAAGCCGUGUUUAUGAAAAGAUUCCACAAGUUCUUCCCGCCGAGAGCAGACCGUUUGGCCUAUCGUCGUUCCUCUCAAGAACAGGCAAUUGUGGGAAGCGCUGGGCCUGGUCAUUGGUACCAACCUUAG